UCCAGGGGUUAGUGGCCCCUUUUCUGGCUCCGGCUCCGCUCUCUACUUUUCUUCCCGCUGCUCCACUUGUCUUCCUGCAAUGUCCUCCGACAAAAUCUUCAUAGAGGGAGAGAGCUGCAAGUCCGCCUGGCACGAUGCUACCGCAGGCUACGAUGAGACUGACACCCAUUUAGAGAUUAUGGGCAAACCGGUGAUGGAGAGAUGGGAGACUCCGUACAUGCACAGCUUGGCAGGAGUGGCAGCCAGUAAAGGUGGCCGGGUUUUGGAGAUUGGUUUUGGCAUGGCCAUUGCAGCUAGUAAACUGGAGGAGCAUAAUAUCGAGGAACACUGGAUUGUAGAGUGCAAUGAUGGUGUAUUCCAGAGGCUACAAGAAUGGGCGAAGAAGCAGCCACAUAAGAUUGUGCCUCUUAAGGGACUAUGGGAAGAUGUGAUUCCAACAUUACCAGAUGGGCACUUUGAUGGGAUCCUAUAUGACACAUACCCCUUAUCAGAGGAAACAUGGCACACACACCAGUUCAACUUCAUCAAGGGUCAUGCUCACCGGCUGCUCAAACCUGGAGGAGUCCUCACGUACUGUAACCUGACAUCAUGGGGAGAACUGUUGAAGUCCAAAUACACAGAUAUAGAAAAAAUGUUCCAGGAGACCCAAAUACCUCCAUUGUUGGAAGCUGGUUUCAAACAGGAGAAUAUUAGCACCACUGUAAUGGACUUGAUACCUCCUGAAGAUUGUAGAUAUUACUCCUUCCAUAAGAUGAUCACGCCUACUAUUAUCAAAGCCUAAACAGCUCAAAGAACUUGUAUCCUGCACAGCAUUAUAUGACAGAAAAACACCUACACAAUUCACUACCUAUGCCUUCGACCAACUUUCAUUUGCAAGAGCUUCAUCCAGUCCAAAUGGAGGCGGCAGUGGCUUCAGUAACUCUGCUUCUCCGUUUGACUGUAAAAACUACUAUUCGCAGAGGCCUGUGCUAGCACAGGGUAAUGGAGUGAAAGAGAUCUGCCUUAUUACACCACAUACGUGGUUUGGUUUGGGUCCGAAAGCCAAAUAAAGAGAUGCAUUUGAGGGA